AUGAUGGACACCAGGCUUGGUGAUGGUGUUGGAAAGGGAGUUAUGAUUGGUUUCAUUGUGUAAAAUGUUGCACAUGUAUGCAAAUGCUGGGCUAUAAAAUGGGGUGGUUAUAGCAACUUAGAGACAACUUUUGAGAUGCAGCAGGAGCCUAUGACACUCUGUGGAGCAGUAGAGAAUUACAGUGCCCACAUUUGUUUGUUUUAUUUAUUCAAGUGUUUUCUGUUUACCCGUCUUUUAUUUUGUGCCUGAGUUCGACUCUGUUGGCUGUUCAACUGUAAUUUCCGCCUCAGUCUUGCAAUAGCUGGUUUGCUACACUACAUUCAAAAAGUGUUCAAAAGCUCAAAGGAUGGCACUUACAAUUCUUCAAAGGAUGUAACUUACAACUGUUCAAAACGUGGAUUGUUCAGCUGUUCAAAAGAUGGAAAGGUAAACUGUUAAAGAGCAUUGUUCAAAUAUUCAAAAUAUGGAAACAUAUAACUGUUCAAAAUGUGGAAUGUAAAAAAAAAGUACCUUGUGGAGUCUAGUUUGUGCAAUCAACACAGACAUGUGCAGUGCCUGCCACACACUGCCUUAUUGCACACGGCACAGCUGUCAUGUGUCUGGUCUACUAGAUCAACUCCAAACUUGCCCAAUGGCAAAGGAAGGAUGAAGCGUGCUCAGCAAAAUUACAUGUGUUCUUGAUUUGCACUUGUAGACUGUUAGAGUGCAGCCCUUCUGCCUCCACGAGGUGAUACACGGCCCGUCGCUUGACCUCUAUCUAAGAAGUGGUUUAUGGAUCUGCUGUACCCCAACAACCAUGUGAUGUCCACUUUAAAUCCUUUAACCUGAGGAAUGUCUUGCGAUGGAGUCCAGGGAAAGGAAACAACAAUGGAACUCGCUAUACAUUAUGGUGGGAAGAAAGACGUCUGGCAUGAUCAAAAGCAGUGUACAAAUAUCACCAGAACGUGCUGUGACCUUUCCAAAGAGACCAGUGACUUAGCGGAAGGAUACUUUGGAAGAGUUAAGGCUGUCUCAAAUGGCAUGUCUUCGGACUGGACAGAAUCUAAAAGGUUCCAUCCAAAAUUGGACACCACAAUUGGGCCUCCAUCCUUGGAAGUCAGAGCUGGUGAAAGAUCAAUUUAUAUCUGGUUAAGGGGUCCAAACAAAUGGCAAACUGAUAACAAAACCAAAGCGAAGUCAAUGGCUAAAUAUUACAGAAGCCUGCAAUACAAUGUGUCUCUGUACAAUAAUAAAACUAAACAGUUGUUGCACUUCCUACUGAAGAACAACUCUGGAACACUUGACAAGUUAGACCACAACACACUGUACUGUGUGUCUGCCAGGACAAAGGUCCAAGGGCAAAUCAGUGAGCCCUCCGAAGAGCUGUGUGUAACCACACCAAAGGAUACCUUUUCAGAAUGGUUGGUCGUCAUCAUGUUUGGAUGUGUUUUGCCUUCCAUGAUUGCUUUCUUUCUUAUCUGUGUGGUUUUAUAUCUUAUUUACCGAUAUGUGUUUGGCAACCACCAAAAACCGCCCAAAAACCUGUUGCUACAGUACCAUUGUGAGCAGGAGGCAAAGGUCGUCUUUGUUCCAUAUGACAACUUAAAAGUGAACCUUAUCACCUUUAAUGUCUUCAAUCCAGGGGGCAAAACUCAGCAGGUCAAACAUGGCCCUGCCUAUGAAAACCAAUCCACCAGUGAGUCUCAACCUGCAAAGCACUUGGGCUAUACAUCCCAACUAGUAAAACAUUUGUCAGCUAAAGAUCCUGAAACUUUGGCAAGCGAUGAAGGCCAACAACAUGAGGCCCCCAAUUACAGGAGACACACAGGAACGAGGCCACUGAGUGAAGAUUUUGGAUAUGGAACUGUUCUGAAGGCUCUGUCAUCCUUCGAAGAGGAUGACCAGCUGCCAGAAAACGAAGACAUAAUUGGGGUCAGUCAAGAAGCAGCAUUUAACCCAAGCUUUGAAACACACCUGAUUAGUGAAGAGGAAGCUGUGCGACAAGCACAGAUGAGAAAAGGACAAGCACAUGUCAGUGAGGGGAGGCAGUGUCAACACUUUGACAAGGACAUAAAGCUGAGUCUGUGCUGGGAUUUCCGAGAGGAAGCUGAACAAGGAGAAGGAACCAUUCUUGUGGACUGGGAUCCUGAGAGUCGUACGCUGCACAUGCCCAUCCUUCAUGACAUUGAAAAGGCAGAAUGUGAUGUGGAGGAAAAGACUGACCUUUUGUCCACUGUGUACUUGAGGCAGUCUUCAGGAGAGCCUUCUGACAAUGAAGACACCUACGUGUCAAGAUUAGUGAAAAACUGGGGCCUCCAUGUACAAUGAGUUAUCUGCAGCUUGCUUAUGUGCUCAACCCAGGCCUAACAUGUGUAACUGUAAGAAACACGGCGUUGCCCUGAAGCCUUAAACGUAUUUACUGUACAUUGGAACCUGGUAUUACCAGGCUGUAGACCCUAGAACACAAUUUAUUUAUUCAAUGCUUGUAAUAAGAGGCACUUUCAAUAGGACUGGUUGAUACAGGUUUUACCUGAGAUAUAGGAAAUAAAAAGUGCCUCUUGUUUGUACUAUUUAAGCUAUGAAAUCUAAAUGUUGCUUCAUGAAUGUUAUUAGACACUGGAAAGAAAUGUACCCAAUAGGUAAUAAGCAUGCAUGUCCAAGUACUGGAUGAAUGAGAAUGAGAAUUUUUUGCCUACCCUCAUUGAGAUGUAAAGUACUGUAUAUCGUCAAAUAAAAUGGUAUACUGUU